AUGGCUGUGACCAAGUCACAGUACACGGCGAGGAAUGAACGCAAGGGUGAGACCGUGAGACCACUCAGGCAGACCCACAACCUGUCCUUCUGGCCUACAAACACAAGAGCAACCGACCAAAACGCAAUGGACGUGCACCACUGGGCGUUUGUGGCGCAGCACUUGGAUGCGAGCAGCCUCGCUGCUCUCAUGUCCGUGUGCAGGGUGCUGUUUCACGACCUGCCCUGGCUCCUGCCAAAGCAUGCCCUGGAACGACAGCUCAAUUGCACUCUGAAACAGUUUAGCUGGGACAGGCCAAUGCAGGCUGGAUCUGCUGCGCCUCCGAUCCACGACACAACCACCACCAGCAGACAGCACACGCCCGCGGUUGCUGCAGGCGGUGAUCCAGACAUUCUUCUCCUUGAGUUCAACCUUGAGCGCUUCUUCGUCUAUUCUUGGCUUGGAGCUCACUGGGAUGCCGGCAGCGUGCGUGAUCUGGCUGCAGCAGCCAGUGGCGAGCGGUUCGGUCGAUGCGUCAUGCUGCAGUGGCACGUCAGCAGGGACCCGUAUCAUGCGCCAUUUGGGCGGUGCUAUCGCCUGCGCAUUGUGGCUAGCCCCAAGCAGGUGCCACCGGCACAUUUGGAGCCCUUCCACAAGCACCCGCCAACGUGCGCCCUGGACAUUAAGUGUGAUCCGCACCAUCCCCUUCUUCAAGAGAGCAUCGAGGGCCUUCUGCAGCAGUGUCUCUCUGCGCAUGCGCUUCAGCUUCACUCCCUCGAAGCUCAACUGGAAGAUGAACAGUGGUUGCUUCUCUCGCGUGCUCUGGAGCAGCGCCGCAACGCUGGCCUGCCUCGCUUGUCAAGGCUCGAAUGUACAACAAAUGCUGCCUCCAUUCCUCCGCUGUGCCAUGUCGACUCGCUCUCCAUCAUCGCCCAGAGCGCAACAAGACUGGGCCCGUUUGCCGACAUCAACGUCAUUUCCCUCUCUCAGCUCGACAGAAUCGGGCGCAUCCUUGGAUGCCACAACGUGGACACGUUUGCCGUUGAGCUAUACGGUGACGACGUUGACUCGCCCAUCGAUCUGACCGGCUUGGAGGGCAUUCCCUCAGUCACCUUCUCUGUUAUGCAAGACAGCUGCAGCGCCGACUUGAUGCCACUGGCACACGCAACGCAGACGGUGGAGCUGUCGCACCUGCAUGUGCCCAACCUCGCACCGUUAGCGAAUGCAGCGAGUGUGUGCCUGCACGCAUGUGACGGCUUUGCCGACACCCGCCCAUUAGCUGCAGCAACCACCGUCGAGGUCUCACACAACGACAGCCUGAGCGGCAUCGUGACAUUGCCUUCAGCGACAUCCCUGAAGCUGCAGUACUGUCCCCACGUCACUGGCAUGCUGAUGCAAACUUCCGGCCCAGUCACGGAGCUGCAGCUGACCUCGUGCCUACAGCUGACGAUGCUGCCCCAACUCGCUCCCGCCACGCUUCAACGCGUGGAGCUUCGCAGCCUCGCCAUCACGGAUCUCGCGCCUGUUGCCAACGCAACGCACAUCACUGUCACCGGCUGCAACGAGCUCAACCUCACCAAGACUACUGCACAGACCUUGCCGCUCACGUUUGCCCGAAGUGUACACAUUGGAAGCAUCCAGCAUCUGCGACGCCUCCCGCACAUGCCGCGCGUGUGGGACCUCUCGCUUGCGAGCGUCCCGUCCUGCUGCUACCUUGACCAGGAUGAUGCAUCAGGGAACCACGCCAACGACAGUGGCAGCACCGCGCAUGCCGUUGAUGUUGCCACCGGUGACAACGAUGGCGAUGGCAUUGCUGAUGGCGGGGUCGCACUGCAUGUGCACAGCACAGAGCAGGAGCCGGCGUUAUCUUCGCGGUUCAAGCGCCGGCAACAGGACUUGAAGCACCUACGCAGCCUCAAGCUCCACGACACGCCGUUUCCGCCCUUUGAGCUCCCACAGCUGCAGAAGUUGGUGCUCAGAGGCGAUGUCUUGCCCUCGUCAUUUGCGCUGAUGCCACGCGCGCGUGAUGUCACGAUUUCGUGCUCGUUUGGGCGCACCACGCUUCCGCUCCUCCCCGACCUGGGUGUGCUGUCACACCUGCAGUCGCUCAGCCUCAGCAAUGUGGAUGUUGGGUCCGCGUGCUCCCUGCGCCACUUGAAGAAGGUGAAGCUGGUCAAGUGCGUGGGCAAGUGCGAGCGCAUUGAAGACGUGUCUGAGGUGUUGAUUCGUGGGUGCGCCGGCUUGACCGUGGAUCGGCUGGCGGAUGCGCACAAGGCGGCCAUCUGGGACGCGCCUGCAGCCGUGGGUGUGAUUCAGCACAUUCACACGCUCACGUUUACGUAUGUCAACGAGUUGCGGUGCGGGAGCGUUAGCAACGUGCAGCGUGUCAUCUUCGAUGCCUGUACCCGCUUGAAGGCGCUGCCACCGCUUGGCCCCGACAUUGACACGGUGCAAUUCAAGCGCCAAACUCCAACAACGCUGGGCGGUGUCGAGAACGUGCGCCGCGUUCUUUCUCCCUCCGAUCAAGAUACGUUCCCAUGAGCUUCUGAGCUUGUCUGUCUGUGUGUGUGUGUGUGUGUGUGUGUGUGUGUGUGUGUGUUUGUGGGUG